CGGCGCUCACGUGACUCACAGCCCCACUCCCUCCGCGCUCCGCCAUGGCUCCGGCGGCCGCUGUGGGCUUGCUGUUCCUCUGCUUACUUGGCCUGGCGCUGCCCGGCAGCGCGCUGCACACCAAGGGCUCCGUGCCCCUCGACACCAUCACCUUCUACAAGGUGAUCCCAAAGCAUAAGUUUGUCCUUGUGAAGUUUGAUACACAGUACCCUUAUGGAGAGAAGCAAGACGAGUUCAAGAAGCUGGCAGAGAGCUCAGGCUCCAGUGAAGAUCUUCUGGUGGCUGAAGUGGGAAUAUCAGAUUAUGGUGAUAAACUGAACACUGAGCUGGGAGAAAAGUACAAGCUGGACAAGGAGAAGUACCCUAUCUUUUACUUGUUCCAGGACGGUGACUUUGACAAUCCCUUACCUUACUCUGGCCACAUUAAAGCUGGGGCUAUUCAGCGCUGGCUGAAGAGUAAUGGCAUCUACCUGGGGAUGCCGGGCUGUCUGAAGGAGUACGAUGUGCUGGCCAGCAAGUUUAUGAGUGUCACUGACAAGUCAGAACGCCAGUCCCUCCUGAAGAAGGGGCAGAAGAGCUUAGAGAAAGCAAAAGAAACAGAGAAGAAGUCGGCUGAGCAAUACUUGAAAAUUAUGAGCAAGAUACUGGAGCAGGGAGAAGAGUUUGCUGCUAACGAAGUUGUCCGAAUCACAAAACUGAUCGAGAAGAACAAAAUGAGUGAUGGAAAAAAGGAGGAGCUCCAGAAAAGCCUCAAUAUCCUCACUUCUUUCCUGAAGAAGAAUAACGAAAGAGAUGAGCUCUGAUACGUUGGGGAACUUUGUACAAGCUGUGAAACACUGUCAAGUCCUAACCGGUUCUCCUAGUGCAAGCAAACUUCCCGCUGACUUCAAGAGAGCAGCAGACGUCCUUGUAUCCUCAGUUACAAGAUCAAGAGGAAGCAAUUCCUCGAAAACACAGUAUUCUAUGUGUUGGGAAGAACACCUUAAAGCAGGCUGCCAGUAUUGUGAAAUACUAUCAAAUAACAGUGUUAAAGUAGACCAAAAAAUCACUAUAUUGGCCUGGAGCGCAUUCCUGAUGGUUUUUACAGCUGUUCCCUGGCAAACCAAUAACAAAAUUCAGUCUCACAUUCCGUGUUUUCAAAGGUAUGGAGGUGGUGCCCCUGCCAUCCCCACCUGUUUCCAGUUUUAAUGCUCUUGGGUUUUGUUCUAUCCACCCCUUGUGCCCCCUCCCCCCCCCCACCUCCCUGGUAGGGUUUUCUCUGAGUCGUGUCCUUACCUGUUGCUGACCAAGAGCUGCCAUCUCCUCCUGCCUUCUCCAGAGGCUCCGGUCUCUGUUGGGCUGGGGGUUCGAUCUCUGCACAUCAGAGCUUGCCCCACGGGAGCAGGAACCCCUUUGUGGUACCCCAACAGAGCGAGGUCUGCGCGCUGAGGUCUCUUCCAGGUGUGAUUACACUUGGGCUCGCCCGUUUGUGCAAAAAUGUGCUUUUUUUCAGUGGCAGAUGAGCUAAAUUCAGGUGAGUUUUUCCAUGGCUGAAGGCAUCCAAUGCUUUUUUUGCCGGUUCUUCCUGUCCAAAUUUCUCCUCAUGAAUAAGAGCAGGAGACAGAAAGGGACAUUUUAAAAGUUCCAAGUGGUUGCUAAGACGAAGAAAAUACUUUCUCCAGCUUGAUGUUCAGAACGACACUGUGAAACUAAAGCUUCAGCAGCACUCGGCAGAGUUAAAACUAUUUAAAAACAAGGUCUUGUGACAAGAAGAAAAAGCAUUAAUUCCCUUAAAAGCUCUGUCAGGGUCACAGUCAAACACUUUCCCGCUUUACCUUGAGACUGUGCUUUCAGCUAAGCAAAUUGAUUUCUGUGGGAGCUUUGCUGCCUUUUGAAUCCUGGGGUGGGUAUGAAGAGCUGCAAGAGGAAGUGUAUUAAUAUUGCUCUGAUAAUAAUAAAAAACUGGUUCCAA